CUGGCAUGAUGUUCUCACUGUCCAGCUGGAUCUCUGCCCACCGACGUGUGCACCUCCGUUAUCUCAUCUUGAGGAAAGUCUUCGCGGCAUAGCCAAGAGUCGAGAUGUGGACACGGGAAGCAUGUAUUGAUUUUGCGCGUCUUGCCCUUCAGCAACUUCACUUCGCUGCACCGAUGGCUUCCCUUUCCGACAACUUACAAGACUACGUUGUGAGACAUGGGGGCGGGGAGGGCAGCGGCCUGCUGAGCGUAGCAUCUAGUUCUUGGGUCGAGAACUAUACUAUCACCGGUUUCAUCGCCACCUCUCGUGGUGCUGAACCAUGCAAACGUCGAUCAACACCGAUAUCAGCUGGCUCUUCUGGUACGAACUGAUAUAUCAAUCGGCCGAACUGGACUGGCUUCCAACUCCAUCAAAAAUGGCGUUCG